UUUAUAAACCCCAUCUUUUAUGCUUUUUGUGUGUGGUUUGCAGACUCUCAGAAACUAACCAUUUGCUGACACCUCAGAGUGAUAUGGAUUCUGGUAGCUCUGAAGAAUUCUAUCAGGCUGUGCACCAUGCUGAGCAAACAUUCAGAAAAAUGGAAAGUUAUUUGAAGCAACAGCAACUCUGUGAUGUUAUCCUGAUUGUUGGGAACCGAAAAAUACCUGCACAUAGGCUUGUUCUGAGCUCAGUCUCUGACUAUUUUGCUGCCAUGUUUACAAGUGAUGUUUGUGAAGCCAAGCAAGAGGAGAUCAAGAUGGAAGGCAUAGACCCCAAUGCCCUGUGGGACCUUGUCCAGUUUGCAUAUACAGGUUGCUUGGAAUUAAAGGAAGAAACCAUUGAAAACCUUCUUGCAGCUGCUUGCCUUCUUCAGCUUCCUCAAGUAGUGGAAGUGUGUUGCCAUUUCCUCAUGAAGCUCUUGCAUCCAUCAAACUGUUUAGGAAUCCGAGCAUUUGCAGAUGCUCAAGGAUGCAUUGAAUUAAUGAAGGUGGCCCACAGCUACACGAUGGAAAACAUAAUGGAAGUUAUAAGAAAUCAAGAGUUUCUACUGCUUCCAGCUGAGGAGCUCCAUAAACUCCUGGCCAGUGAUGAUGUCAAUGUUCCUGAUGAAGAAACCAUCUUCCAUGCAUUAAUGAUGUGGGUCAAAUAUGACAUGCAGAGGAGAUGCAAUGACUUGAGUAUGCUUCUGGCCUUCAUAAGACUGCCGCUACUUCCACCUCAGAUAUUGGCAGACCUAGAAAACCAUGCAUUAUUUAAGAAUGAUCUGGAAUGUCAAAAGCUGAUUCUAGAAGCAAUGAAGUACCAUCUGUUGCCAGAAAGAAGAACUUUAAUGCAAAGUCCAAGAACUAAACCUAGAAAGUCUACAGUUGGAACUCUGUAUGCUGUGGGAGGCAUGGAUAACAACAAAGGAGCUACAACCAUAGAAAAAUAUGAUCUCAGAACAAAUUUGUGGAUCCAGGCAGGGAUGAUGAAUGGCAGGAGAUUGCAGUUUGGUGUGGCUGUUAUUGAUGACAAACUCUUUGUAAUUGGAGGUCGAGAUGGCUUGAAGACAUUGAACACUGUUGAAUGUUACAACCCCAAAACCAAGACUUGGACUGUUUUACCACCAAUGUCAACACAUAGACAUGGUCUAGGUGUGACGGUACUGGAAGGCCCUAUCUAUGCUGUGGGAGGCCAUGAUGGCUGGAGUUAUUUGAACACAGUGGAGAGGUGGGAUCCUCAGAGUCAGCAGUGGACAUUUGUAGCUAGCAUGUCAAUUGCCCGAAGCACAGUUGGUGUGGCAGCAUUGAAUGGCAAGUUGUAUUCAGUUGGUGGUCGUGAUGGAAGCUCCUGUUUGAGUUCAAUGGAAUAUUAUGAUCCUCACACAAAUAAGUGGAAUAUGUGCGCUCCAAUGUGUAAGCGGAGAGGGGGUGUUGGAGUGGCCACAUGUGAUGGUUUCCUUUAUGCAGUAGGAGGUCAUGAUGCUCCUGCUUCAAACCACUGUUCUCGGCUACUAGACUAUGUAGAAAGGUAUGAUCCCAAAACAGACACAUGGACUAUGGUGGCUCCUUUGAGUAUGCCCAGAGAUGCUGUUGGAGUCUGUCUUCUUGGUGACAGAUUAUAUGCUGUUGGUGGCUAUGAUGGCCAGACAUACCUCAACACUAUGGAAUCCUACGAUCCACAAACUAAUGAAUGGACCCAGAUGGCUUCCUUGAAUAUUGGGAGAGCCGGUGCCUGUGUAGUGGUCAUCAAGCAACCUUGACUUAUAUUUUUGGAGAGAUUCUAUCUGCUGGAGUGGUUAUUUUUGUAUCAGAGGGCAAGAAUGAGAACUUCUGGAGAUGCAAAUUCUUCAAGAAAAAAGAUUUUGGUAGAUUUACCUACUGAGAUCAAAAGAGGUAGAAGAUGAAACAGAAUUAUGGGAAACAAGAGGACAUCAAACUGCUGUGGGAACACUAUCUGGUCGUAUGUUAGUUCAGGAAUGGUUAUUGGUAAUUUGUUUUGUUUUGUAGCAUACAAUAACUAGAGUUACCAAAGGCUCGUUUUUCUUGGGCAAUUCAAAGGAGGGAUAAAGAUUUGUGACAUGGAUAAUUUCAUGACUAAAGCUUAUUCAGUGUUCUAUCAUCUGUGACGAUAUUCCAGAGGAUUUCAAGAGUAGAAGACAUGAUAUUUCAUGUGACAGAAUCUGAUUGAUUCUGCCCUAAUUUCCUAAUCAGAUGUGGUCAUACCAGGAGGUGGAAUGAUACUUUAUUAAACAAACAUGCUUUUUCCAAAUUUUCCUAAACUUUGAGGACAAUUAGAGAAACAGAUUCAUGCUUGCCUCUUGCACUCAGA